AAGAAAGAAAUCAAAACAGCAAUUACCAGAAAGAUCUUGAUAGAUAAUCCCUUCUCUCUGACGAGCCAAGAACCGAUCAAUGGCUAACUCCGGUUUUCUCAAGUUAGCUUGUGUAAUAUUAAUGUGCAUGCUGGUUGUAGCACCACAUGCAGAGGCAGCCAUGACCUGUGGCACUGUGACAAAAAACAUUGCACAGUGUAUUACUUACUUAAAGGGUGGGGACACCCCAUCAGAUGCUUGCUGCGCCGGGGUUAAGACCCUCAAGAACUUGGCUUCCACUUCAGAAGACAAGAAAGCUGCUUGCAACUGUCUGAAAACAGCAGCUGCCUCCAUGACCGGUCUUGAUGAAAAGAAGGCAGCAGGUCUUCCGGCUAAAUGCAACGUCAGCAUUUCUUAUACCAUUAGCCCCGAUACUGACUGCUCUAAGGUGAACUAGACGGAUAAUAUUCCUGCUGAACAGAAUACCAGAAGUAACCACCUAUUAUUGGCUGAAAAGCUUGAAGAAUAAAGAUCUUGAUAGAGUUACUAUCUCUGCAAGUCCAUUCAUCUUUCUAUCUAAUGCAUAUUUGUACUUGACUCUCCACUUAUAAAUUAUUGUUACUCCGUAUC